CUGCAUUUUCUGCCUCGAUUUUUUUUUUCCAUUAAAAAAAAUCCAAGAGAUUGAAAAAAAAAACUGUUUUCCUAUAUAUAUGUUGAACAGUAUCGACUGCCAAACGUGUCUAGCUUCUGGUUGGUCGGAAUAACGUGAUAUUUGUACCAUAGAUUUGUAAAUAGUAUUUAUUCCGAGUGAUAAUUGGAAUUAGCCUGUGAAAAAAAGUGACCAUUUUUCAGUGGUUGUAUAAAGAGAGGCUGGAGUACCGGGCGCUUCGGGUUGCUGAUUUGAGUGCAUUUGUGAAAUUUGCUAAUAUGGCAGAAUUUUGUGACUGUGGUGUUGUUUGACUUUGUGAUUGAAGCUGAAUAAACCGCAGGCAGUAUUAGGUGAUUGUGGAUUCGAUGGUGUAUUUCGAUAAAAAAUGUAUGGUGUCAGUAUGAAAUAAGUGUUGAUGCACCACUGACGUGACAUUUGGCUUUGUUAAGCGGGGGACAUUGCCCGCCUAAAUUCUUCCACAUCCCAACAUUGGGACACAUUUGUAUCAGUGGGGAAACAACAAGAAAUAUUGUCAUUAAUUUCAACGUUGGCCCAGUGUUUUCAGUUUAUUUUUUAUAGAUACGGUAUAUGUACUAUUGUUUAUAAUGAGUACCUGUGAAUUCUCGGCGCAGGGGUAAAAAGCAGCUGGGAGAGCAAAAUAUAGCAGGUUAUUGAAAUAGGUGUGCCUAGGAGGGCUAUGGCAAAUCUGAAUUUUGAACAGCCACCACGCAGUAUAGCUACCGCAAGCCUAUCAUCACGUGGGGCUGGUGGUGGGGGCUUAAGCUCAUCCACCCUAGUGGGUCAUGUCACACCAACAUCGGGCAUGUUCUCUGGUUCAUCGGCAAGUACCUCGAGUACAGCCAAUUCGUCGAUCGUUGGAGCGAGCAUUUAUCCCGGCACUGGAGCUGGUGCACAGGCCAGUGGACAUCAGCAGCAGUUGUCGCCUAUGGGAAGCAGAGGGCUGUUUGGACAGAGAGCUUUUGCUGACAGGCGUACCAUGCCUGCUCUUGGGAACUCUAAUCCAAUGGGUAGUAUGGGAAGUUUUGGAAUACCUCAAAGUCGGAGUUACGGAUCUCAAGGUGCGAUCAACAAUUUCCAUUCUGUGUUCGGUAGCGGCGGCGGUGGAGAUACGAGUACUCCUCCACUGUUGGAUCUCUCAGAGUUUCCUUCAUUAACGAAUAGGGGACAAGGUGAUUCUAUGCCACAGCCCAGCCCCAUGCCAGGAAAGCAAGCUUAUGUUGGUAUGGUAAAGCAGCCUACAUCUGAAUCGAGUGAAUUUACUAUGAGUUCAGAAGACUUUCCAGCGUUACCCGGCACCCAGAGUAGGGACGGACCAUCCCCGGGCGGUAGUGUUACAGGGGAUAAGAGUUUGUCGGUGGGUUUAGGACCGGAAAUUGGCCAGGAUGUAUUACAGAGUAACCGAGCGCCGGGUUCCGAAAAAUCACAGGCAUCGAAAAGAGGAAUUCAGACAUCGCAAGAUGGCAAAGUGACGAAUAUACCGUCUAGUAUGGUCAAAGACCAAUUCGGUAUGGUUGGACUAUUGACGUUCAUCAGAGCCGCGGAAACUGACCCAAACCUCGUGUCAUUGGCACUCGGACAAGACUUAACAGCCCUAGGACUCAAUCUAAACUCACCUGAAAAUCUCUACCCAAAUUUCGGUGGCCCCUGGGCGGAAACGCCUUGUCGACCGCAGGACAUUGACUUCCACGUACCCCCAGAGUACCUCAUCAAUGCGUCCAUAAGGGAGAAGUUGGCACCUGUUAAACUCAAUCGGUACAAGGACGAUCUCUUGUUUUAUAUGUUUUAUACGAAUGUUGGGGAUGUGUUACAAUUGGCUGCAGCAGCCGAGUUAUACACCAGAGAGUGGCGAUAUCACAUGGAGGAGAAGGUCUGGAUUACACAAGCACCUGGACUGGGCAUGGUCGAGAAGACUUCAACGUACGAGCGUGGUACUUACUACUACUUUGAUGCGCAAAGCUGGAGAAAGGUUGCUAAAGAGUUUCAUCUCGAUUAUACCAAGCUGGAGAGUAGACCUCAUCUUCCCACGACUUUUCAUCAAGCUCAGCCUUGACUACAGAUUUGCCUGCAGAUUCUUGUGCUGUAUGUGAAGCUGGCCGAAUCCGGCCAUUGUAUAAAUGAACAAAUUUAAUAAUCUUUAAUAAAAACAUAAAUUCGAAGAGUAAAAA